AUGAGCUCCCCGCCGCCCGCCUGCAUCAUCGUCCUGGACGAGGACAGCGACCCGUCCCCGCCGCCGCCCCCGACGCCCGACGCCGUUGCUUCCCCCGACGCCGCCGCCAUCCCCGCAGGCGAGCCCUCCCCGGAGCCCCUGAACGGCAGCGCCGGGGAAAAGGGGCUCCGCGCCGAGAACCAGCGGCUCUUCCGGGAGUUCGUGGCCUUCUGCUCCAAGCACACUGAGGACCACCCUGAGGUCAUCGCCUACCUGUCUGGCCGGCACCAGAAGACCAGCCCGGAGUACCUGGCCUCCGUGGAAUUCCGCAACGUCCUAAGCCGCUGCCUGACGCGGGUGCAAGCCAGGAGAAACAAAAUCUACGUCUACAUUAAUGAACUCUGCACCGUCUUCCGGGCCCAUUCGCAAAGGAGAAGGGCUGCGGCCACUGUCCCCGCCGACACCCAGGAUGCCCCGGCCGCCGCCCCCGCCUCCCAGACGCCCUCUGAACCCGCCAAGCCCUGCAUGGGCUCCAAGCGGCAGAUCCGCUACCUGGAGAAGCUGCUGCGGGUUUACGCCAAUGAGAUCCAGCGGCUGCAGGAACAGGAGCUGGACUUGACGGAGCUGGACAGCCAGGAUUCGGCCUACUUGCAGGAGAGCCGCCUCAAGCGUCGGCUGAUGCACGUCUUCAAGCGCCUCUGCCAGCUGAAGGACUGCAGCAGCCUGACAGGCCGCGUCAUCGAGCAGCGCAUCCCCUUCCGCGGCACGCGCUACCCGGAGGUCAACCGGCGCAUCGAGCGGCUGAUCAACCAGCCGGAGGCCUUCCCGGACUUUGCCGACAUCCUCAAGGUGGUGCAGAAGGCCAGCGCCCGUCACAGCCUGGGGCUGCCCAAGCGCCAGAUGGAGUUCAUGGCCGCCGACGCCUUCCGCGACGUGGGCGCCCGCCUGCAAGAGCGGCGUCGCCUCGACCUGGUCUACAACUUCGGCAGCCACCUGACCGAUCAGUACCGGCCUAACACUGACCCAGCGCUGGGGGACCUGGAGUUGGCCCGGAGCCUGCAGCGCAACCAGGCGCUGGGCGUGCAGCGCCUGGAGGAGGUGAUCACCCAGUUCGCUCAGCUGCAGGACAGGAACGAGGAGGAGCAGCUGGGGGGGAGGGCCCCCCGGCAGGACGGCGGAGGGGCCCAGCAGCCCAGCAGUGCCGCGGAGGGGGAGCCAGCCUCCCCGAAGGAGUCCGUCUCGGGGGCAGCCGCCAAAGAGGUAAGGGGGGGGCAGGAGGCAGCCCCUGAGGCCAGUAAAGGAAAGGGGUCAUGGGAAGAGGAGGAGGAAGAGGAGGAGGAGGAGGAGGAGGAGGAAGAGGAAGACUCCUCGGAGUCAGACCUGGACGCAGAGCUGGCCCACUGCCUGGUUGGCGGAGAGGAAGAGGAGGAGGAGGAGGAGGAGGAGGAGGAGGAAGCAGCGGCAGCGGCAGGUGAGGACCCCCCUGCAGGUGAGGACCCCCCAGCUGUGGACCUGGAGGAAGAGGAAGAGGAAGAGGAGGAAGAGGAGGACUGCCCUCCCCAGCAUUUGCUUUUGCAGAUCAAGGAGGCCGGGCUGCUGGAGGGGGAGGACAGCCCAGCCCCGUCCCCCUGCCCACUUCCGGAGGAGGAGUGGGAGCCCGCCCACCCAGACCCCGGGGCCCCCCCGCCCCCCAAGCGCGGCCACUCGCUGGAGAACGGGGAGCUCAACGGGCAGCCGCCCACCAAGAGGAGCCGCGGUUGGGGGCAGACCCCAGUUUCCAGCAGCACCAGCACCGGGGAGGGCUGCAUCCAGGUGCCCAGCUCCGACUCGGAGGCGGAGGAGGAGGCCUGGCCGCCCCCCCAGAGCCCGACCCCCCUGGCCGACUCCACCCGCCCGGAUUCCCCCAGCCUGGGCCUGGUCUCCAGCAGCCAGGGCAGCCCCCGCCCGGCCCCCCCACAGCAGCACCGGCCGUUGCCGGAGAAGGAGAAGGAGCAGCUACUUGCCAGGCCCGGCAGCAGCGAGGCCCGCCGGCCGUCCUCCCUGCGGCCCGGCCUCGUCCCGCCGCGCCAGUGGCUGCCGGUGAAGAAGGACGGGCCGCCCCCACCGCCGCCGCCGCCGCCGGAGGAGCAGGUGAACUUCUGCGAGUCCUCGCAGGACGUGGCGGCCGCCUUCGAGGAGCCCUUCCCGCCGCCCCCCCGGCCGCUCCUGCCGCUGGACGUGCGGGGACCCCCGCUGUUGCUCUUCCCGGGGGCGUCGGCGGGGGCGCCGUCUGCCGGAGGGGCCGCCCCGGCGUCGUCGGUGGAGCACGGGGCGGUGCAGCUGUCGGGGGGCUCCGGCGGGGAGGGCAGCAAGAUCUUCCUGUGCCACUGCGGGAAGGCCUUCUCGCACAAGAGCAUGCGCGACCGGCACGUCAACAUGCACCUGAACCUGCGGCCCUUCGACUGCCCCGUCUGCAACAAGAAGUUCAAGAUGAAGCACCACCUGACGGAGCACAUGAAGACCCACACGGGCCUCAAGCCCUACGAGUGCCACGUCUGCGCCAAGAAGUUCAUGUGGCGCGACAGCUUCAUGCGCCACAAGGGCCACUGCGAGCGGCGCCACCGCCUGGGAGGAGGAGGAGGAGGGGGCCCCGCUGCCCUCUGCGGGGGGGCCAAGAAGGAGGAGGAAGGGGGGGCGUCCCCCUCCUGCGUCCCCGGGGAGGCCGAGUGGGCCACGGGACGAUCCCCCCGCAGCGAACUGGGCUUCGCGGGCAGCAGCAAGAUGUGA